AGGUCUCAAGCGCGCGCCUACGUGCAGCAGCUAUACGCGGCUAGACACCACUCUCUGCAAACAGUAUUCUCUCGGACAGUGCGGUGCAUUGACGCACAGUUUUUGCAAUGGUUUUUGUUAUCACCUUGGGCCUUGGACUCGCCUGUUACGCACAUGGAGAGUUGCAGCUUACAGAGUUCUCGUCCGCAGACUCGCAGCAGCAUGGAGACGACGGGUGGAUGGAUGAGAUGGAGCAGGAUUUCGCGUUGGAGGAUUUCCGAUGGAAGGCUGCGCGCGCUGCAGAUUUCCGACAGCCGGCGGAGGCCUGCCAUACGUCCGAGGAGGGCGACGCGUGUCACGAGAAGGUGAUUUGGGCCAUGCAGGCUGGCAUCGCGAAAACCCCAGACUGGUACAUCCCUCUGAACACGAACUCCAGCUUCGAAGACGUCCAGCUGUUCCUGCACAGCAGCGCCGAGCUUUCCCACGUGUGCCCCCUGCCCUGUCCCCCGCAGAAGCCAGCGCAACGUCUUCCGCCACUCCCUACAGGAUCUCCACCGACAGGGAUCCAGGUGGACGACCCGCUGGCCGCAACGGUUUCCGGAUCCGGGUGGAGCCGGUCCAGUUGCGAUUGCGGAGGCUUCUUCAUCGAGUUCCCAGGUGAGCGCGCGACCUUGGAGUUGUGCGCAGAGGCCUGCCUUUACGCGGUCUGAGGAAGGGAGAUUCGGGAACGCGUGUUUAUCGGCCGUUGUGCCCACAGUGGGAGGGGGCGGGUUAGAAUAUCUCUUCGCUGGCUGGUCAGAGUGAGGGGCCGAGCGGUCGUACACCGUCUCUGCGUGCGAGUCUGAAGUGGGGUUUCGCGUUGCGAGUUCUUCAUCCGCGGCCCACCCCGCGGCCUGCCCCAUUCGCGAUCACUUCGCGAUUGUCCUGGCACCCACCCGCUCCGUUCUCGCUAGCCAUCUGCGAUCCAGCCCGCUACCCGCUGCCCAACCCGUCCAGUUGCCCACUGGCGACCCAAGUACGUCGAUUUGGCAAAUCUGCGCCUGCGUCGGACUCUGUUGCGCUGGCUAGGAAGGACGCUACUUGUGCCCCCCCCCCAACGCGACCCGCCUGCGACCCGCCGACAAUCCCUCCUCGCAGCCCGAUCGCCAUACCUGGAACCAGAAGCGGGCGCCCGCGGCGGGCUGCGCGGCGGGCUGUUGUGUAUCGAUCGCCCGGAGGGUGCCAUUUUGUGGCGCGUCCCGCGCAAACCGACUGUGACCCGCGCCCGCUGAGACCCGCGCCGCCCCUGACCCGCGCCUCCACUCUCGUCUUUCGCAAUUGCGGGUCCUGUGGCAAGGUUUUGUGUGAGUUUCUAGCGGCGCGCCGUCUGUCGUCGCAGACCCUCGAUGAAUGUAACUCGCCCCGUGCCUUUGCUGGCUUGUUUCUUG